CGAGAAAGAAGCUGUUCUUCCUGAAAGUAUUUAGGCUGGCAAUCUUGAGCUGUGGCAACCCUCUCAGAAAACUGCAACUUGACAAAGGAGGCAGGUGCAGACACCAAAACUGCUUGUGUGAAUGAGUUUGUUUGUUGUUGCUGCUGCUGACAGUCGCAUCUGAGUGAGCAUGCAGGUGUUGGAGAACAAGUUGUCGGUGCGACACUGCCUCACCUUCGUUACGGGCCUGGUGGAGUGCCUGUGCUUCGCCGGGGCCGUGUUCGGAUGGGCUUCUCUUGUUUUUGUCCUCAAGGAGGACGGCUACUUCAGCUCUCUGUGCUUUAACACAACAGGAUUCAAUGGCACUCAGAUAUUAGACUGCAGUGCACAAGAUGAGCAGCUUUCACUUAUUUUCACCAUCGCCACUUUUAUGAACAACUUCCUCACGCUGCCCAAUGGCUUCAUUUUCGAUCACUUUGGUACCGCAGUGGCUCGACUCUUGGCAAUAUUUCUAUAUACCACUGGCUCCCUGAUGGUGGCGCUCUCCUCGCCAGCUCUGCCUUUCCUGCUCUUCCCAGCUCUCCCUCUUUUGGCUGUGGGAGGCAUUUUAUUCCUGAUCACAAACAUGCAGGUUGGAAACCUGUUUGGCUCACGUCGCUCUACCAUAAUCAAUCUUUAUAAUGGAGCUUUUGAUUCUUCCUCAGCACUCUUCCUCAUCAUUAAGCUGUUGCAUGAGUCUGGCGUCUCUCUCCGCGCUGCCUUCCUCUUCCUGUCGGCCUGCAGCGUCGUCCACAUCCUCAGGACGUUCUUCCUGCUGCCCAGAACCUUCAUUCCUCACCCACUGCCUGAUCGCUACACGUACGGGGUCUCCUGUGGUGCAUUAGAGACCAUGAACAGUGAGGUGACUGCAAACGUCUGUGCACAUACAGGAGCAGAGGACACACUGUUUACAAAUGACGUCCCUCCCAAACAAGAGAAGACUUUCCGAGAGUGUUUGCUGUCCAGGUUCUUUGUGGGCCACCUGCUCUGGCUGUCGGUGAUGCAGUUUAGGCACUUCCUGUUCAUUGGCACCCUCAACCCCAUGCUGCUCAGGCUCACAGAAGGAGAUACCUCUCUGGUGAGCCAGUACACCAACGCCUUUGCUUUCACCCAGCUGUGCGCUGUGCUGUGCGCUCCCUGGAACGGCCUCAUCAUGGACAGGCACAAGGGAAAACCUCUAGCUGCAGGGGAGACGGAGCAGGAGGCCGACCUGCGGGCGUCUGUGCUUUCUUUAUUCCUGACGGCGCUGCAGUGCGUCUUGUUCUCUCUGUGUGCCUCCAUCCCCUCCCUGCCGCUUCAGUACCUCACCUUCAUCCUGCAGGUGCUGAACCGCUCCUUCCUCUAUGGUGGCAUCGCAGCCUUCAUCAGCGUGGCGUUUCCAUCGUGUCACUUCGGGAAGCUGUAUGGUCUUGGUACGUCGCUGGCUGCGUCGUUUUGUCUGCUGCAGUAUCCCUGCUUCGCUCUGGUGAACGGAGCUCUGGGUGGAGAUCCUUUAUACAUGAACAUCAGCCUGACGCUGCUCAGCUUGCUGGCCUUCAUGCAUCCCCUCUCUGUCUACCUCCACUGUCGAAAACGUGCCUCUCUGAGAGACAAUAGGAAAAUCACAGCUUUCUCCUCUUGAAGCCCGCUGGCUGAUGGGACUGUUUGUACCAGUUGUUACAAACAGAUUCACCAUGCUGGGUUUGAAAAUAAAUUAUGGGCAUAAAUUUGAAUUGAAUGUUAACCCAACUGUUAAUCUAGCUGAUUUUAUAUACAGAAUUUCUCCCAAGUAAGAAAUGAACACUUAUUCAUGUGUUCAUGUUAUUUCUUUUGUUUAUGGGUUGCCUUAAAACAUUACAGACCGGAUGAGGCUUGUUUACCGGAUAAUCUCAUAACAACCAUACCGGUUUGCCUAAAACCUCACAGUUUAGCUGCCCUGUUGAUGAAAGGGAGAAUGUAACUCAGCAACACACACAGCUUGUUUCUCCUGUCGAACCCAAAGAUCACAUGAGCAUAAAUCUUGAUUCUGCAGAGGUGCUAAAAGUUGCCAGAUCUGUCUCACAUCAGAACAGACUCAUUUACAGACUGAAUUACAAUUUUGAAAAAUAAACAAAUGGUUUUCGGUCAGGAAGGUUGAACUUUUAUGUUCUGGUUAUGCUUCUAGUUUCUCUGCCCAGUGGGAAAAUAAAAAAAAAUCAAACAAAAGUUGAUUAUAUGAUGCUAACAUGCUUUUCUUGAGGUCUUGUUUUAUCUUUCAUCUAGUAUAUAUUUUUUUUCUGUAGCUGAUUAAUGCUUUGUGUUAUUUCUUUUGUUUAUAAUCUGUCAUUUGUGAUUGAGGUUUUAUGUGUGGUGCUUGUUCCUUCGGCAGCACAUACCACAACAUGAAGGUGAGCAAGAUUCAAUUCUUAUUAAAAAAGAGGUUUUCAGGUCAUGCUUAUUUUAUUUGCAUAAAAAAAGACAAAAGUUCCACAAAUCUUCAGUACAAUGAUUUCAUUAGAAAUGUCAGGAAUAAAAUUCCAGACGAUUGUUUGCCAUGAAACCUUUGCUUGAAGCUUCCUGGGACAGAGAUUGGCCAGUGGACCGGAGUUACGGGAAGGAAACACAUUUCUGCCACCUGCUGGCUUUACGACAGACGUUUUACAAACAACACAAAUACUGGAAUCACCUCUCUGCAAAAACAAAAAUCACCAAACUGUUUUGUUCAUAUAAAAUAUCAUGGGUUCAGUG